CAUAGCACGGUCUCUUCUACCUGGGGCUAUGGUCUGUGCGCGGGCGACCGGAAUACGGGCGCCGCCGCUGCCGCCGCCACUGCUGCUGCUGUUGUCACUGCUGCUGCUGCUGUUGCUUUCACCAACUGCACACGGAGACUGCGGUCCACCUCCAGACAUUCCUAAUGCCACACCAGACUUGAGUAGACACACCACAUUUGCCAAGAGCACCAAAGUGACAUAUUCAUGUAAUAAGGGCUAUAAACAAAUUCCAGGGAAGUCAAACAUAGUGACCUGUCUUGAAACUGGAAAGUGGUCUGGCAACGAAACAUUCUGUGAUA